AUGACAUCGGACUGGAGGCCGGGGUUGCUGUCGGAGGAGAUGGUAGUCGAUCCACCAGAGGUCUUGCAGCACAUUGAUGAUCCCUCUAGCCAUGGUCGCAAAUCCCAGUCGGCGCAGGUGUUUGAUGAGGCUGAGCGGAGUGCAUUGCAGCAGACACAGAUGAGGAAUGCCUACCAGCAACACGGAUACUUUUGCAGAGGCAACCAAGAUCAACGAUACGUCAUGUCUGGAGAUGUCAGCCUCACUCCGUCUCUGAUUCCACCCCAAUACCGCCAAGAAGAGCCAUUGCCAACUACAUCUGCCGCAUCCCCUGAUUGGGCUGUUUCUCAAAUGAGGCAUGCCCAAGCACUUCCAGUCGGACAGACACAGACUCCCUCGAUCCGACGGACAGAGUCACCCCAUCAAUUGGUUGCUCACCACACUGCGGCCCACAAUCCCAAUCAAAAUUCCACGGGCACGGCUUUGGCUGCUAAUCAGACGGUGGCUCUCAACCUAACGGCAUUGAUUGCCCAGCCAGCAUCUUCCAGCCACUCUUGGCUAGCGGCAACGCAGCAGCCACAGCUUGCACCAACACACGCUAGGCCUCAACAAUCUUCGCCGCGAGGGGGUCUCCCAUUGACGUCCAAGACACCUGCUUCGCACCCGCCCCUCCCGACUACGACUCCUGGACAUCCUAUGCCGACUCCAGUUCCUCCCGUUGAACAGACCCGUGGCAAUAAGCGUCGUCGCUUGCAGCCCAACCAGCACCCAUUGCGCCCAAGCCCCCCAUCACGCAAUAAUUUGCGCACCCGCUCCGACCUGAUCCAGAGAAUCAAGCCCGAGGAUGCCCAAGUCAGGACCGAGUACGAUCCUGCGACGAUUGCGCGCGACGUGUUGAUCAAUUCCGGGAAACACCCGACGGAGAAGUUUUUGAACGAGCACCUGAAGCCACUGCGCAAGAACUUCGACUUCGUCGACUACUACUCCGACCUGUCAACCUUCCGCUGGGACAUAGUCGACCCUGUUGUAUCUCCCGCUGUCCCUGUUGCCAAGGGCACAUCGAGUCACGUGCCAGCUUCACGUGACCGUCCACGCUCUCCCGCGCGUGUCUCUGCAACGCGUCCUCUGCCGAAGGAAACACCUUCUCUUGUGUCCCAUGUCAAUCCUCCUUUGUCCCACACCCACCCGCACCCUCCACAAUCCCUGCCUACGCAUUCGAUUCGACCUCCGCCGCCAGCUUCGACCCCGAGCCAGCAGACACAGGCGGAGACAACCCCGAAGCCCAGCCCAGCAAAGCCACGCCAUUCCCCGCAAUCAAAGGAUACUUCGCAGCUAGAGGCUGUGCAUCUAUCGUCCCUACACAGCAUGCCGCCCCAGGGGAUGGCCGGUCGUGCGCCGCCCAAGAAGAAGGCUGAGGACGAUACCACGGAUGACAAAGCCCAAGUUGGCAAGGCCCAAGAUGUCGAGGCACCGCUGAUCGAUUGGCCGGUCUUUGCGUGUAGAUGGACCAAAUGCCCCGCGGAGCUGCACAACCUGGAGACUCUCCGAAGACACAUUGUGAAACUUCAUAUCCCGGCCAACAUCAAAUGUGGCUGGGAAGCUUGCAAAAACCAGGAAGGAAUGCCUGCUAAUGAGCUGUGGCAACACGUUCAGGAGAGCCACAUCAGCCCGGUGGCGUGGAAGCUUGGGGAUGGACCGAGAAUCCAUCUUCCUGGUAAGACAGCUUGA